UCCAGCUUAAAUCAAGUGUAAAGGACUCUAUUUUUACUGGGAAAACCAUGACCCUGACUUGUGACCCUAGCAAUGUCAAUAUGGGAAAAGUGAAAACUACUGAAUGGAAAUUUAAUGGGUUUGAAAUUAGAUCAGAGAGACAUAAAAUAUCUUCUUCUGAAAAUCAGUCCAACCUGGUAGUGGAAAAAGUAAUAUCAGGUGAUGCUGGGCUUUAUGAAUGCAUACUACGGGGGGAAGGUUUUAGUUUUAUCCAAAAGAGAACUGUGAAAAAUAGUGAGAUCAGACAAGCCCCUAAUGUGCGAAUCUCACAAACAAGGUGGGUUAAAUGUGAGGAGAAUAAAAACGAAAAAGUUACUUGCUGUGUGCAGUCUCCUUAUAAGGUGAAAUGGUACGAGGGUUCUACAGAAUUAAGUUCAGUUCCUGAAAAAGACUGCAUCAUACAUGAAUUUAACAUGCAAGGCUGCAGUGACCCAACAAGAGAAUUUACCUGUCAAGUUACUGAAGAUGCGACAUAUAAAGCAACAACCAAAGUGAACAUAUUCACAGAUCCUGUUGUAUGUGAAGAUGAGGAGUACGGGACUGGAAGAGCGGGUGACAAAGCAAGCGCUAUGUGUGCUGAUGGUCUGGAGGGUAACAAGAUUGCAGAGUGUGAGGAAAAUGGAGCAUGGAAACUGAUAAUGGACUCCUGUAUUGUUACAAAGAUCAAUGAGCUGCUGAUUGAUUCUGCAGAUCUGAAGGAAGAAGAGAUUCAGGUGUUUUCAGCAAAUCUAAGUAAGGCUGUCCAGAAAGAGGAGGAGCAAAUUUCCCAGUCCUCAGCAACAAUAUCGGCAAUUGUUGAUAUAUUAAAUACAAUUGCAAGGGUUUCACAACAGGUCAAUGAAGAUGUGAUGCAAAAUGUGUUGAAUACUGUUGAUGUCAUCGUUGGAGAUGAUGCAAAGGAGUCCUGGGACUUCCUGAAUACAAAUCAAACUCAAAAUUCAAGCUCAGAACUUCUAAGUUCCCUGGAGACAAUUUCUGACAAAUUAACUGGAAAAUUUGCUUUGAGUACUCAGAGGAUCCAGCUGGACAGAACCCAGUUCAGCGGCUCUUUCAAUGAACAAUUGACCUCCAAUGUCACUAUAGAACUCCCAGAGACAGGCCUCAAUAAUAUCUCUAUUACCACCAUUGUAUUCUCCUCCCUUCAUAAUGUUAUGCCAGCACGGAAUUCUUCGUUUGACUUUACCAUUUCUAACAACAUAACCAAUGAAACUACACCAGACAAUGCCAUCAAUGGUGCUGUGCUGCUGGUAAAAGUCGAUAAAACUAUUCGUAAUGUCAAUCUGAGUUUCCAAAAACGCAAUUCAAUUCUGGAACUGAACCCACAGUGUGUCUUUUGGAAUUUUAGCCUAUUUGAUCGACUUGGUGCAUGGGAUGAUCAGGGCUGCAAGUUUGUUUCUGACAUAAACGACACUGUAACCUGCACCUGCAACCACCUCACAUCUUUCUCAAUUCUGAUGUCAACGGAUAUUCCUGAAUCAAUCAGAAAAUUCUUGGAUAUAAUGACAUAUAUUGGAGUUGGGAUAUCAAUGGUCAGCCUGCUGAUUUGUCUCGUUAUUGAGGGAAUUGUUUGGAGAGCCCUAACCAAAAAUAGCACUGCUUUUAUGCGCCAUGUCGCCAUUGUCAACACAGCGCUGUCCCUGCUGAUUGCUGACAUCUGCUUUAUCAUUGGAGCCGCUAUUGCAAAGAACCCUAAAGAAAACCCGGAUGAGGACUACACAGUACCCCUUGGACCUUGUAGUGCAGCAACCUUUUUCAUGCACUUUUUCUAUCUUGCCAUGUUCUUUUGGAUGUUUGUUUCAAGCCUUCUGCUCCUAUACCGGACAGUCAUGGUCUUCUCUGAAAUGUCCAAAUGGACCAUGUUUGCCAUUGGAUUGACUGUGGGAUAUGUUUGCCCUCUGAUUAUAGCUGUUACUACUGUUGCCGCCACAGCACCUGGGGAAGGAUACAUCAGGGAAGAUCUAGCUUGCUGGCUAAACUGGACUAAAACUAAGGCCCUCCUGGCCAUGGUCAUCCCUGCCUUGAUCAUAGUGGUGUUUAAUAUUUUGGUCAUUAUAUUGGUUUUGUACAAAAUGGUUAGACGGAGGAGUAUUGGAAACACAUCCCAGGCAGGUGAGAAAAAUGCAUUGGUAGUCAUUCUAAGAUGUGUGGCCAUACUCAGUCCUUUGUUUGGACUCACCUGGUCUUUGGGAAUUGGAACCAUGGUGGAGCCAACAAAUGAAGGGAUUCAUGUUGCCUUUGCUUUCUUCAACUCUUUGCAGGGUUUCUUCAUUUUAGUGUUUGGGACAUUAUUCGAUUCCAAGGUCCGUUCUUUUGUUUCACAAAGAGUAUCGGCUUUAAGCUCCACAUCUAGCAGAACAAGGAGCACAAGUGCGGGGAAUUCCUCGAGCAGCGGACUAAAAAUCUUUAACCGAAUUUGGAGGAGAAGGAAUGUGUACCGUGUCACACGGGUGCAAAACUCAAGCAGCAACGCUGAAUCUUCAGAGUCAUACUCCAGCAUCUAAAUCAGUUCAACUCAAAUCUGCAUUUCUGCAGACAGAAUUUAAAUUUAAAGGUAGAUUAUAUAUACCAUGUCUUUAACCUGAAGUUUUGUGUAAGGAAAAGGAAAUUGAAUUGUAAAUUAAAAUUUGCUGGUAAUUACUUGUUUUAACUGCAUGACACGAGGCUGCUGUUUCCUAUCAUCAUUGUGAAGUCUACAGGUAGACAGUUGGUUUGUAUGGGGAAAAAAGAAGGAAAAAAAACCAUCAAGUUUAUCUUCCCCAAAACUUUGUCAAUCACACAGAAAGAUUGUAAAUGUAAUUUUAA